AUGUCGGUGGUUGUUAAAAGUGCAGGCAAACUAACGUCAAGCAUCGGAAAGUUGUGCGCUAUUCUAAAUCUGAUGAAAAUGUUUUUAGGCUUAGCGUUUACGGUUACAGAACAAAAUUCUGUUGAAGAGAGAGAUCAUCGAUCAUAUUCACUGAUCUGUAAAUUGGUUGCAGAAUUUAUCGGCGAUCUCAUUUUUGUAUUUGUCGGUUCGUCACAAGCAUUAGCAAAUGGUGAUGUUAUAAAUGCGGCAUUUGCACACGGCAUAACAAUCUUUGUCUUGGUUGCUGGAUUAGGACAUAUUAGUGGUGGACACUUUAAUCCUGCGGUAACUACUGCUGUAGCAUUAUGUGGAAAAUUGAAACCGUUAUAUGCAGUGCUAUAUGUCAUUGCACAAUUACUUGGAGGCUUCUUUGGUGCACUAAUUGUUCGGGCAAUGACAACUCGGCUACAGUUUCAUGAAAUACUUGGUGGUGCCACAGUUGUUAGCGAAAACUAUGAUUGGUAUCAGGGUUUCAUUGCUGAAAUAAUGACAACAUAUUUCUUAACACAAACAGUUAUGCUAACUGCUGUAGAUACAUCAACAAAUGUACUUGCAUCAUUAGCCAUUGGAUUUACAUUAACGCUGGACAUCCUUGCUGUUGGUCCAAUUUCUGGUGCAAGUAUGAAUCCGGCAAGAAGUUUUGGUCCGGCGGUGGUCUCUUCCAUCUUUGGCAUCGGAAGGCCAAAUGAUUAUGUUUGGAAGCACCACUACAUUUACUGGGCUGGACCGCUAAUUGGUGCACUUAUCACGACUGUUCUUUUCAGAACAGUAUUUCGCCGAAGCAGCAAACGACUUAUUCGAUAA